UUUCAUUCGCGCUGUCCAUUCUGGUCCGACGUGGAGGACAACAAGUGCAGUGACAGCAUGAGUAUGUGGCAGCUACUGGAGCAGGCAGCCAAGAACGCGUCAGCCAACGCUUCAGGCUACGUGAAUAGCGUGCAGGAGAAAGCCCACAGUCUAGCAGCUGCGGUGCAGGACGAAGCUUCCACGUUACUACACAGCGCCAUCGGCUCAACCCGCAUUGGACCCGUGGACGAGAUUUUAUACGAAGAGCUCGCAGAUUACAAGGAGUUUUCGACCUUCUUCUCUGCCGAAGAACAUACGCAUGAGAUCACACGCACGUUGGACGAAGACGCGGAGAUACGCGAGCUGCACGACGCGUUAGUGCCGUUGGAAUUGAGUUACGACGAGUUCUGGUGCCGCUUUUUCUUCCGUCAACAGCAGAGUGAGCAGCUGCAGCAGCAUAAAGAGACGCCACCUGAAGAGAAGAGGGAGGACGAGCACAGCCCAGAAGACAAGCAACCACACAGAGAGAAGGCUGGUAGUGAGGACCAAGAGGGAGUGUGGCUAUUGAGAGCAGCCAGAGACACAGAGCGACGUGCAGCGACGCAAUGGAGACAGAAAGCCAGAGAUUUACACCACCAGCUACAGGAAACCAAACAGAUUAAUGAUGAGAAGGAGCAGAAGGCUCUUAAAGAGUGGGAACAACAGCUACAGGAUCUGUGUGAUACUUACGAGACCAAAAUGGCUGCAGUCACGAUGCAGAUUGACGAGGCCAGAGCUGAAGGGUACGAUGAAGGAGUUCGUGAGAGUCAGGCUAUUGUGGAGAGUGUGAAACAGAAGGCGGAGGAAGACUUGACGCGUCUUCGGAUGGAGAUUUGUGAGGGUGGAGUGGACGAGAGAGUGAAGGUCUUGAUGACGGAGAAGGAGGAGCUACAGAAAAUGCUGCAGGCUGUUCGUGAGAAGAUUGCAGAGUUGGAGAAAGGAAAUGUACCCACUGGAAGUGCAGCUGUUGCAGAGCUGACCAAGGAGAAGGAUUUGUGGAGGAUGCGAGCACUUAAGAUGAAGAAGCUCAAGGACCUGGUGCAAGCUGAGCUUACGACGUUGCGGCAACAGCGUGACGCUGAUGCAGCUGCUGCGUCGGAUCCUGCUGAUUCUGAGAGCGCUCAAGCAAGUGCAGAUGAUCACAGCAAGCUUCAGACUCGUAUGAACGAGCUGCAGACUCAGCUAGCCAAUGCUCUGGCCGGUGCUGAAGCGCGUGCUCGUGGAGCGUACGAAAAGGGGAUUGAAGCAGGCAAAGCCGAUGCUGAACAACGAUCGAAACAAGAGCGUGACCAAGCAUUCCAAGAGGGCUAUAAGAAAGCUCAAGCUGAGGCGAAGAGUGAGAUGGGUGUGCUUAAAGCAGAACUCGGGAUGUUCCGUGCAUUCCACGAGAGUGCAGCUCAUUGCGCCGAUCAUGUCGGUGCAGACACUGGAGGUCUGCUGGACGACUCGCUUGACGACGUCUCGCUGGCUGACGGACAACCGCUGUGCUCACCUACGUCUUCAGUCUCGGUAUUUACUGACAACGGCAAGAACGAUUUCUCCAUUCCUGAAGCCCCCAAGUCCACCGACGACUGGGGUGAGUGGUAAGAAGGCAUCGGCCCCGUGUUCUGCAUGUACAAGCCAUAUUUUGUGAGACCAGUACCAAGUAUUUUUUUUUCUAAUCGAAUAUAUAUCCGUCGCGUAUUGCAUUGUCUGAA